ACAGGUCACAGCAGAGAGAGGACUGCAGCAAUAAGCCACGAAGAAGAAGACAAGAUGUCGCGAAUGCUAAACGGAAAAUAGACGAGCCCGGGGACUGUGUAGUAAACUUGAAUAUAAAGCUACUACAGCGACAUAUUGUUGUUCACAAUCGCCCCAUCACAUUGGCUAAACUAUGACAGAGCCUCAGUCAGCGCUGUUACUAAGGAGACAGCUCGCAGAGCUCAAUAAAAACCCAGUGGAAGGGUUCUCAGCUGGCCUGAUUGAGGAUAAUGAUCUUUACAGAUGGGAAGUUCUUAUCAUUGGGCCACCAGACACACUUUAUGAAGGUGGUGUGUUUAAAGUUCAUCUGACAUUUCCCAAAGACUACCCUCUAAGGCCACCUAAAAUGAAAUUUAUCACAGAUAUUUGGCACCCUAAUGUUGACAAGAAUGGCGAUGUAUGUAUUUCUAUUUUACACGAACCUGGGGAGGACAAGUAUGGCUAUGAAAAACCGGAAGAACGCUGGCUUCCCAUCCAUACUGUUGAAACUAUAAUGAUUAGUGUUAUCUCCAUGCUGGCAGACCCAAAUGGUGACUCGCCAGCCAACGUAGAUGCAGCAAAAGAGUGGCGGGAGGACAGGCAUGGAGCAUUUAAAAGAAAAGUUGCACGCUGUGUACGGAAAAGCCAAGAGACUGCAUUUGAGUGAUAUUUCACAAGGAUCUACAUUCAUAUUUUCAGGGUCUCCAAUUGAAAGUCAACAUGGCACUGUUUCCUGCACUCUUCCACCAUUUUGCCAGCCUUGUCGUCCUGUUAUUUUGGAAGGAAGACUGACUGGCUCCUCUAAGCUCAAUUGAACAUUACAAUGACUACCAUGGCUGACAGACAACCACCAAGGAAGUGCCAACUGAACAUAAAAAAAAAAAAAGUAACACUUUGCAAGUCAAUGAACUGCUUCAAUAUUCAGGAAGAUAUUGUAAAGAGAUGUAUAUAGCACAGACUCAGCCGGAUAAUAUAUAAGAUCCCUCGCCGUGCAUGAACUUAGUCCAAAUGAAUUGCGCUGGCUCUCAUUUUUUUUUCCCCCUCCCCUCUUCAACAUGUUCUAUAUGGGUUUAUUUUUCAGCAGGUCUUAAAUUGAGCAUUGCGAUGUUGUAAACAUUUUUUUUCAUUCAAGCAUUAUAUGAAUGACAAGGCUCGUUAUUUCUAGAUUCAUCUAGCAUUUGUCAUCAACCACUGACAACCUACUUUCAAACGUGUUUCAUAGGAAUGUUGGGUUUUAUUUAGCUAUUCAAAGUCUUACCAUCACAUUCUUUUAUCAACAAACAACGACACAUAUUCAUUUUGUGCAUGCGCAAGUUCCUUCUGUCUUAUUGCAAAAGUGCCUCCAGAUAAAAAUGUUCAGCCACAUCAACUGAUAUUGAUGGAGUAAAUGAAAUACUGCAUAAGCAGUACAUUCAAUUGGUCUGAUAGCCAGCACACAUGCAGUAUGAUAAUUCUACUGCUCCAAAUUUAAUGUAGCAAUAAAUCUAAUAUGUGUACUCUUUUACACAGUACAAUUUAAGGUCCUCCAAAAAUCUGCUAUUUUCGUAGCUGUUUGUUGUUGUUUAUGUGGGGGGUGGUUCUGUUUUCCUCUGUAGGAACUCUUAUGCAUGCUUUUACAGUUUUUCUUCUUCUUUUUUUUUUUUUUGGUUCAACUUCAGAAUGUGUGAAUUUUUAUGUGAAUGUUUGCCUUUUUAAUGUUUGUGCCCAUUCUGUUGUGCUGGUCUUUCAUCACAUCCAACCGUUUGUUUAUUCGACUCACUGGUUGCAGUUUUUGGCGAAUGUACAAAGACAGAAUGCUGAUGUAUAUUUUUCAUCCUACGAAACCUGUCACCUGUAUUGAGCUCUUCUAUUAUAUUGUUUUGGUUGUUUUUUGUUGUCAACAUUUGCAUGUUUUAAGGUCAUUCUUUUGUGUUGUAGGCCUUGCACAAAAUGCAAAUCACCCAUUGGCAAGUUAGCUGAACCAUUUCCUGGAAAUGUUGUAAUUGCAUUACCUCCUUUUCCAGUACAGUAUUACAAGUACUCAACUUGGUCGACUAAAAAUAUUAAAAAAUCACCAACUGUUA